UUAGCAAAAUUUUCAACAAAAGCAAAAUUUUGAAAUGCCCUCUGUCCUCUCUCCUCUGACUCAGCACACAGCAGUCUCUUACUCUCUUUCUUCCAUUCUUGAUUCUUCCAUCCUCUUGAAACGCUCUCUCUCCCAAUCAAAAGACCUCCUACAGUCCUAUCGAUUCCGCUCUCUCCAAAUUCAUCUCCUCAGUGGUUCAGUCCUUCCUAGUUCCUCCUCAUUUCAUCGACUUUGAUUUUCGUGAUUUCUGAUCCGAUCGAUUUCAUCAGGUAGUGUGAAGAUGAGAUAUCCUGCGUUGAAGUUCAGGGGUCAAAUUUUGUAUAGCAGAACUUCUAUGGAGGUAGAAAAGGCUGCAAGGGAGCUUUUUCAGAGUCUUAAAGUUAAAAAGGGUUAAAUGGGUCAAGUUAUUGCUGGCUUUGAUAUUGAGUGGAAAACCACAUUUACAAAGGUGUGUUGCCUGGAAAAGCUGCAGUUAUGCAGAUAUAUGGGAACACCAGCCUUUGUCAUGCGAUGCAUAUUUUUCAUUCUGGAAUCACAAGUCGGCAGUUUCUUCUAGAGGAUUCUACACUUGUAAAAGUUGGUGUUGGCAUAAGCAGUGACUGUGCUGAGGUUCUUAGAGAUUAUAAUGAGUCAGUUAAAUCAGUGGACGACCUUUCCUAUCAUGCAAAUCAAAAACUUGGUGGAGAACCUAAAACUUGGGGUCUUCGCUCUAGCAAAGAUUCUUGUUUGCAAAGAGCUUUGAAAGCCCAACAGAAUCAGGCUUGGAAACUGGGAAGCAGAUGUUUUUUCAAAAGAACAACCUACAAUAUGCUGCCACUGAUGCCAUGGUUUCUUGGAAACUAUACCAAGUGUUAAAGAGCCUCCCAGACGCAAAGGAUGCCCCACUGACCAUACAAGUGAGAAAGUUGAAUCAACAUAACUGUAUGUACACAACUGUACAAAUGAUCACAUGAUGCUAAUUUUUUUUGCACCAUCAUUUGUUUAUCAUGAAGAAUUAUUACCUCAAAAGGAGUUUACUCCCAAUCUUUCCACUUUUUCU